UGCCAGAGGUGAAAGUUCUUCUUGAUUGCUGUUUUUUCAUACUUUAAGAUGGCGGAUACGUACAAAAGUUUGGGCAACGAUGGCCAACCUCAGCAAGCAUCACCUCCACCUCCACAAAAAGAAACUGGUUUUUGUUUCAGGCUUUUCGUAAGGAUUGUUGCUUCUGUAGCUGGAGUCUUGGCUAUUAUUCUUGGACUGGUAUCUAUGAUCUCAAUCAAAGGACUGUGCAUUGUUGCCGGUAUCUACAUCAUGCUUCUUGGAUUCCUGACGAUUCUAUUAGAAGCCCCGUUUUGCUGCCAGUUCCUUGACAUCACAGACAAAGUCAGCAAAUGGAGCGAAAACAGAGCUCCUUGGCAGAAGGCUCUCUUCUAUCUCUUGUUACCUAUUGUGCCGUUCUUCUUCUGCGUUGGAGUGAGUCAAAUUUUUGCCUGCCUUGUAAUCAUGGCAACUGGCGUCCUCUAUGGACUGGUGUUCAUUGGAAAGAAGGGUGAUGCUGUUAAGAAUGCCCAUAGAGCCCAGCAGCAAGGAGGAGACAUGGCAUUAUCAGACCCUCCAUCCCAGGAUCAAUACGGGAAGAGAGAACUCAUCCCUUGAAUUGACAUUGAGGGCGCCAGACUUAUCAACCGACAGUGGUACAUUCCACCCUCCAAUACACAGCCUCAAAUCGCGUCUGGGUAGCAUUUCAUGAAACAAAUGAGUCAGUGAUUUUGCUCUGACAUCUGUUAUAAGCUACUGAUAUCCUUGCAUCUGAUUGGCUUGGAAUGAAUAAGUCAAUGAAAAUCAUUGAUUGUUUGUUUUAUGAAACACACCCCUGGAUCAUUCUGCUGUUAUCAUUCCACUUUUUUUCUGCUGCUCAGGUCUAUUAAAAUCCAUAAAAAUGUGUAUUUUAAAAUCCAGAGUAUUUUACUUACAUUGACAUGCCCGAAGAACCCAUUCCAAUUUUCCUUUAGCUUGCACAUCAUCCAUGAUUUUUGUAUACAUGUUUUUUAUUGUUUUAUCUUCUUGAGUCAUAAGCUACAGUUUUCCCACAUUGGAUGCAAGCAAUCUCUGCACAAGCCCAUUGUGGACCGGCUU